AUGGGCAAGUCUCCAAAAAUAAUUCGCGUGGGCCAAGAUGCACCGCACCAACCUGAUGCGGAAAGCGAGAGCAGCUACAGCUUUUUGGAACAAUUCAAGCACCAGAUAAAAGUCAAAAUCCAAAGCCUAUCGGACGACGAGAUCGUCUUCGAUCUCAUUGGCGUCGACGCUGCCAUUGCCAAUGCGUUACGCCGCAUUCUGCUGGCUGAGGUUCCAACCAUGGCUAUCGAGCACGUGUACAUCUGGAACAACUCAUCCAUCAUACAGGACGAAGUGUUAGCUCAUCGACUCGGUCUUGUGCCGCUAAGCGUGGAUCCGCGCGAAUUUCAAGCCUUCUCAGCUGACGAAGAGGCCGAAGCUACGGACGAAAACACAAUUGUUUUUAAGCUUGAUGUUACCUGUAAACUUGACCCUGACCACUUGAAGGAUCCGACUAAGGCGUUAUGCUCUUCAGUGUAUUCGCGGGACCUCGAGUGGGUGCCCCAGGGUAACCAGGAAGAGCGAUUUGGAUUGAUUCGGCCCGUAAGCGAGGACAUAUUGAUCGCAAAGCUGCGUCCAGGUCAGAGCAUUGCGCUAGAGGCUCAUUGUCGCAAGGGUGUGGGCAAGGACCACGCAAAGUUCUCGCCUGUUGCCACAGCAUCGUACCGCCUGAUGCCCAAGGUUGAGCUUAUGGCGAAGGUGGAGGGUAUUGAUGCAAAGCGUUUAGUGGGCGAGUGCCGGACGGGAGUGUUCGAUAUCGAAGACAUUGGUGGUGUCCCAACGGCCGUGGUGAAGGACGAGCGCUCCUGUACGAUGUGCCGGAACUGUAUUCGCGAGCCUGGAUGGAACGAGAGGAUUCGUCUUGGCCGUCAAAGUGACCACUUUAUCUUCAGCAUCGAAUCUGUCGGGAUGAUUAAGCCUGAAGAGCUGUUGCCCGAGGCUCUUGGUGUGCUUGGCGAGAAGUGUAACAUCGCAUUAGAGUCGUUCACACUGGUGGAUGAGGAGCUGAUUGGAGAAGAAGAGGGAGAGGAAGAGUAG